GUCAGCUUCCCUCGAUCUUUUUUAAUCGACGGGUUCAUCGAUAAUUCAGAAGCGAGCGUCUCCGGUGGCAGCGCGUGGCGCACAGCCCAAGAACAUUCCGAGCGCGAAGAUCCUACGGAAGCGGGUCAAAUCAAAAGCAAAAGCAAAAACGAGAAGCACGGGAAUAGAGAAGGGAGAGGCAGAAGAUGGAAAUAAGUCGAAAGCGGAAUGGUGAUACCACGACGAAGCGGGGGGACAAGGAAGAAACGCGAGAAUCGCGGAGGAGAAAAGACGGAUAGGUGGUUCUCGCUUCCACGAAAGACGACAGAAAAAGGAAGAAGAGGCCGAGCAACGGUGGUCCGCGUGCCGCCGUUGGGUCGGGUCGGGUUAGAUUGGGUUGGGUUGCGUGGGGUUGAGAUAGCCGGGCGGUGGGAGGACGGGUGAUCGGUAGGUGGCAUGCUGACGUCAUCGUAGCAGCAUCAUCAGCCGCGUGGGCCAAUAGGGACGCUCACUCGAGCCAGGUCCAUCGAUCCGCCGGCUGCUGUCGUGUGUGCGUCCCGGGUUAUGACGUCCGUGAGUGACGUCAUCGUUAGCGCCGUUCGCCGUUCGCCGCCGUCGCUACACACGCUACGGUUUUAAUAUAGCGGAGGAACGCGCGCGAUCCGGACUCAGUUACGCGGCGGCCGGCCACCCGUGCGAGAGCGUGUCGCUUUCUUGUUAAACAAGUCCGGUGCUGUUUUCUUCUCUCUUCAUCUAUCGCUACUCUCUGUCCACUUUAACUAUCUAUCCUGUCGGGGUGUCCGUCAGUCUGGUGUUUCGCUACUUCCGCGUGCAGCGUAAUCGGCCCGUGGAAACGCGCGUCCAGUGAGAAAACUUGGGAUUACACGCGAGGAAGAAACCCGGUGGUGCAGCCAAGGACGUUUGUGUUUGAGUUUCGCGUGACCAGCGGCAGAGAGGGAGGGCUACCGCGUGGUUUCGCGUACGGGACUCCGUGCGUCUCGUACUACCUUCCCGAUUGCAUUCUGUUGCCCUUGAUACUCCAAAGGGCCGGAGAGGAGGAGGAACUCCGGUACCUUCCGGAAACCUCGAAGUUUCGUGCUACGCUUUUCUGACUGUUUCACGAGAUAUCAUAGUUUUCACGAGAGAAAAGGAAAGGAAGAUCGUCUGAAGACUUCGAAUCUCGUGCUAAGUUUUCGACCGUUUCCUGUUGUCCUCGGUUCUCCAAAAGAAAAAGAGGACGAAACCGAUACCAAACGCGUAGAUCGAGUCGCAAGGUCAGCCGAUCCGUACAGAAGUUCGACACCGUUCGAUAUAGGGAGACGUGCACUCCGAAAACUGAAAGAAUGAUGUCGAUAACGGAGGAACGAUAAAUUAGAAGUUGACGAGUUACUGAUCAAGAGUCUGCAUGCGAGUGCCCAAGGCAGAACUGUUCGGGCUCCUUGAUGGAGCGCUGACCUCCGAAGACGUCAGGAAGGCCUCUUCUAGCCCUACGACGUCUCACACAGGUCGGUGAUAACACGUGUGUCGUCGUCGCUUCUGUUUCUGUUUCCAUGUGCUGUGGGGCAGCUACACUCACCGAACGGAGACAGCGAUAACAGCAACGGUAGCCAGCGUGCGGUAGCUGUUACACGUAACGACGUAGAACAGCAGCAACACCCGCACCGCCAGCGGCAGCAACGGCCAGCGACAGCUACCGUUCCAGUUCUUUCUUGCACAAAUCAUUCUUCUACGACCACGACAACCACCGCCUUUACGGUAGCGUCAAGUAUGCUUCUUCUACAGACACAGAGCCCUUUCGGAUGUAGCACGCUAGCAGAUUUAUUGAGCGCGUCGUACUCGGAUCCUGCGGAUGCGGGAAGCUUACCCGAGGAAUUGGACCCGUUUCCGGAACUGCAGCUCGGCAAUCCUCAAGGUGUCCCAACCGCCGACGAGUCGGCACAGUCCCAGCAAGCCGUGCAUCACCAACAACCGCCACAACCGCCUCCAUCUGCAGCUCCUCUUCCCGAAGACGUCCAAGCUGAUUCGCUUAGCUCAACACCCUUGCCGAGCUUCCAAGAGACCUACACAGCUCCCCGGUAUACUAGACAGGAACUUCAAGUCCUCGGCAUUAAGAUGGACGAGGACUGUUACGACAACCCGGUGUAUCCAUGCGGCACGGGUCACUAUCCCACCGAGUUCUCGCCCACGAUGCCCUACCACGAUCACCAGCAACAGCCUCAGCAGCAGCCGCACCAUCAUCAUCAUCAUCACCCCCACCAGCAACAGCAACCACCUCCCCAGCCGCAACACCACCACCAUCAUCACCAGGGUUACUUUGCCACGGAGACGGCGCCCACGCCGACAACGGCGGUUCCGUCUCCGUUGAAUCAUCGGCAGGAUUCGCCAUACGGUGCAGCUGUAAGCGUCCCCAUGGUCUACGGACCACCACCGGCCAUAACUGGCGGUGCUACCCCCGUGGCACCUACAGAUCUCUGCCCCAACGUCGACAACGUCGUCGUCAGGACGUCACGAGCGCGACGAGCGUCUUUGCCCACGCAAAGGUUAGAGUCCGUCAGUAGUAGCAGCACAGAAUCCCUAAAAGCACGUGGCGGCAGUGGGACCGGAAGUUCAGUGAGCUCUCCCUCGUCCGGAAGCGGAGCAAGCAAUGAGCGAGCGCCUCCUAGCCCGAGUCAACUGUGCGCUGUUUGCGGGGACACGGCGGCGUGUCAACAUUAUGGUGUGCGUACGUGCGAAGGUUGCAAGGGCUUCUUUAAGAGGACCGUGCAGAAGGCCUCGAAGUACGUGUGCCUCGCCGAGAAAGCUUGCCCUGUUGACAAACGUCGACGGAAUCGUUGCCAAUUUUGUCGCUUCCAGAAGUGCCUGAUGGUCGGCAUGGUCAAGGAGGUGGUCAGGACAGACUCCUUGAAGGGCCGCAGGGGUAGGUUACCCUCGAAGCCGAAAUCACCACAGGAGUCACCUCCUAGCCCACCAGUUUCCUUGAUCACCGCUUUGGUGCGCGCACACUUGGACACCACGCCUGAUCAGGCUAGCCUAGAUUACUCGCAGUAUAGGCAACCUAGACCAGGCGAUCUACCGAUCACCGAAGCGGAGAAAACGCAACAGUUCUACAAUCUUCUCACCACCUCCAUCGACGUGAUUCGAAAUUUCGCGGACAAAAUACCUGGCUUCACGGACCUACUUCGGGAGGACCAGGAGUUACUUUUCCAAUCGGCAAGUCUGGAACUCUUCGUUCUGCGGUUGGCGUACCGUACAAAACCAGAAGACACCAAGUUGACGUUUUGCAACGGCGUGGUCCUCGCGCUGGAGCAAUGUCAACGCAGCUUCGGCGAUUGGCUUCACAGCAUUCUCGAGUUCUGCAAAGCUCUUCACGUUCUCGACGUAGACAUUAGCGCUUUUGCCUGUCUCUGUGCUCUCACCCUCAUUACUGAAAGGUACGGCCUGAAGGAGCCUCAUCGCAUGGAGCAGCUGCAAAUGAAAAUCAUCUCGUCCCUACGCGACCACGUGACCUACAACGCCGAAGCGCAGAGGAAAGCGCACUACCUGUCCCGGCUGUUGGGAAAACUACCAGAACUGAGGAGUCUGUCGGUGCAGGGCCUCCAGCGUAUCUUCUACCUGAAACUGGAGGACCUGGUGCCGGCGCCGCCGCUGAUCGAGACGAUGUUCGUCGGUAGUCUGCCGUUCUAACUCGCCUCGCCGAGCCAAGCCUAAGAAGGCUGUCGUCGCGUAGGACAAUUCACUCGCGAGAUCCGUGCGGUCGCGUACACGAUUAAGUUUCCUUAGUUCUAAACGUACACGUAGUCUCUACUAUCUUCGUUGCGUGUAUCCUCACAUGGUUUAUCACGAGUGUCGUAAUCGUCGUCCCACGUGUCGGCUCCGAUCGAACACGUACGCGGACACUUUCGACGCUCGACACCCCCAAGGGCUGAGAGAUACUUGGACGUUCGAUGUAUGCGUGUGUGCAUGGAUGUUGAAUUCAGACAAAAUUCCCUCAACGUAUGGACGAGUGAACGGCGUUCACUAAACGCGUGGAUGAAUGACUUCGUGAUGUGUCGGAAGAGAGGGGGAAGGGGAGGGGGGACAAAUGUUACUAUCGUUACUACUACUACUAUUACCGCUAUUACUACUUAAAUACUGUACGAUGUAAUGACUAUUCUUGCUAUCGAGAGCGCAGACACCCGAGCAGUCGAUGGUCGUCCCGGAUUCACGGCGAAUCCUCGUGGUCUAGAACAGGAAACCAGCGACGAAACGAACGACGGAUCAUCCUCGUGUACGAGAUAAUCGAGACAACCGAGGGUGCCCAAUCAUGGAGUGUUCACUAAGCUGGCGAUUCGACUAACGGCUACGUUAUAUAUUUCCCCCAAAACGUGCACAAAAAGGAGCAAAAAAAAAAAAAAAGAAGAA